AUGGAGAAACCUCGUUCUUCUAAUUCAAUUGGCUCCAUUUCACCUGGAGGCUCUUCCAGCGUCCUCGAACGCCAAUAUGCUGAGUUGUUGAUAAAACAUAAUAACAUGGUGAUUGAGUUCCAUCAGCUUGAACAGGAGUUGGACAUAAAAAACAAAACUAUUAAUGACCAGUUGGAACAGAUUUCCAAUUACGAGAGAUUCUUAUCUCAUGUCAAGGUUGAGUUUGGUAAAACAAGAGACCUAAUGGAGAAGGAAUUGGUUUACUAUAGAGAAAUGGUUGAAGAUUAUCAACUAAAAUUUUUAAAACUCAAUAACGAGUUAGAGUACUAUAAAAAGCUUGAAUUCAACCAGUUAGAGUCUUACUCCAACGAUACCGACAAAGACGAGAAGUACAACCAGUUGAUCAAGGAUUUCAAGAUCUUGAAGUCCAAUUUCGAACUAGAACAAAACUCCAAGAUCAUGUUACUCGAUCAGAUUGAAUCCUUGUCUAAGGAAAACCAAAAAUUGAAAGAGGACAUUAUGUCUCUGCAUUCACUCAAUGAAUCCAGCACUAAUGUGAACUCAGAAACCAAUCAGAACUUUGAAUAUCCAACUGGUUCUAGUAUUAUUCACGACUUAACGUACAAUUAUAAUACUCACACCAUGAAUUUCAACGAAGAUGAAGAGACAAACAAUAACUCCGACGAUCAGUUUGACAAUGACUUCGAUUAUCUUGAAAAUAUAGAAGCACAAGCUCAAUCUUCCCCGAUCAAAGAAGCCUUUCUUUUCGAGACUCCAGAGGAAUCUAGCAGUAAAGACAGGGUUCCGUCAUUGAUCCAAACUAAGGAUUUCCAGUUCCCCCCAUCACCUGAUCCUACCACCAAGGGUAAGAGGCAAAGUUUGCCAGCCAACCUACAAACGGAAUUCAUUCUUUCUCCAUUAAAGUUGGCUUCCCAAGACUUUGAUUCUGCCGAAAACCAAAAAAGAUACAGCAUCUCCAGACCAAAUCACAACAGAUAUAGUAGCCAUGAUAUAGUACCAAUCAAGGUUGAAUUUGAGGCUGGGGUUGACCAAAGAAGUACAUCUGUUCCCUCACCGGGAAGAUUUAAUGAUAUUGAUGAAAGGUUAGAGGAGAGUAAAGAAAUUGAGUCUACGUUCAAGAAACUCAACGGUGAAAGAAACUCGUACAUCUCAUCGUCCAAGAGAUCCAGCCUCGUGUUUGAGGCCAACAGUAGAAUCAAUAACGAUCUCACUAAGCAGGAGAUUAUGAAGUUGAAGUUUGAGCUUCAAUCUUUGAAGUUGCACAACGAAAAGUUGAUGUCAUACAUUGGCUUUGAAUUACAGAAACAGAAGAGAAAUAUCAAGAAAUUAUCUUCCAGACAGAAUUUGCGGGAUAUCGAAUAUAGCGAUUCCAAGUUGAUUGAAAGGUCCAGAGAAGUAUUAAUCCAAAAGAAGCGGGUUUUAAGGUCCGUUUCUAUUAACGCUAUUUUGUCGAAAAACUACAAUAAUAAAGACAAUUUGGGGAUAUUACAGAAGGGGAUCUUAAAGUUCGAUGACGAGGCCCUACAUGAAAAUGAAUAUAAUGAAGGUGAAGGAGAACGAGAAGACGACGACUACGGGUUCAUGAAUUUCAAUGACAAGUUCAACAAGCGGAUCUUCGCUACUGGCUUGAACAAUUACUAUGAAAUGAACGAUGCUGACAACAAGAACACUAACCUCAAGAAGUUCAAGUCACAGAAUUUCUUCUCAAACCGCAACAACUUCGACAUCAGCGAUGUAGACAUCACCGAUACCACCCUUGAAGACACGAUCGAUGACGAGAUAGAGUGGGAAGACCACAAGAUACCCACAAAUAUGAAUAAGGGAGUGUUUGGCCAGAUUAGAUAUCUCAUCACCGGUUCUUACCAAUUAGAUAAGAAAGCAGAAGUCAAAGAAAGCUCUGUUGACGACUCGUUAAAAUAUCAGUUCUUCAGUAUUGCCAUUGGAAUAUUGAUUAUUGGUAUACGGUUUGGCCAUUACAACCACCAUAAUCAAGUUUGA